AUGGCCCCUGUCUGCAUCAGGAGCCGCUCCAAGUGCAAGAAUCCAAUACCUGUCCAGACACAAAAGAGACUUCUCAGCAAGGGAGGACCACCACAGUCGUCGAAGCAGGAUGAGGAGGCGGAGGAGGUGAGCUUCUCCAGGAAGACCCGACGUCCUUCCUCCAAGGCAUCCCAGUACGAACACAUUGUCCGCCUGUCGACACCCAGAAGCAGGAGGCGCAGCGCCCAGGAAGCCGGGCCUCCUCACACUCCUCACUGUGAGAGUAAUUGUCCUAUCUGGCACGUCGACCCCAGCGUGAAAACUGCUGCGAUCACACCGAGACUCCUGCAGCUCUCCAACCCCAAACUCCUCCGUCCAGACUUCCACAGCAACAGAGAGAGCGUCGCCUCCAUCGUUUCAAAGACGGCUCAAAUCUCUCCACGGCUUGUCCUGCUUUCCCUUCCCCGACUGAAGCAGAGCAGCAUCUGCCUCCAGCUCGGACCUCCGGCCGAUUCAAUCUGGACGGUUUCAAAGGCAGCGAGGAAAGCCACAGCGACUGACCGUGUUGAAAUGCUGGCGACACCGAAACAACUUUCCAAACACUACACCGCUCCUCGAGAACCAGAGUGGAGCAGGAACACCGUCCUGUCCUCCUGAACGUCCCUCAACAUAUCCACCAAGGAC